CGCAGCCAGCGCAGCGGGGCCGCCACUGCCGCCGCCGCCUCUGCCGCCAGGAGAGUCCCGGCCCCCGCACCCCGCCACCCCAGCGAGAUGCCCCGGGUAGACGCGGAUAUCAAGCUGGACUUUAAAGAUGUCCUGCUCAGACCUAAAAGGAGCAGCCUUAAAAGCAGAUCAGAGGUUGACCUCACGCGCACCUUCACCUUCCGCAACUCCAAGCAGACGUACACAGGAAUUCCCAUUAUAGUGGCAAACAUGGACACUGUGGGGACAUUUGAAAUGGCCGUGGUUAUGGCAAAACAUGCAAUGUUCACUGCAAUUCACAAGCAUUAUUCUCUGGAAGAAUGGAAACUGUUUGCUGCCAAUCACCCAGAAUGCCUUGAGCACGUAGCAGCAAGCUCAGGUAGUGGAAAAGCUGAUUUGGACAAGUUAAAAAGUAUUCUAGAGGCCAUUCCACUUAUCAGAUACAUCUGCCUGGAUGUGGCAAACGGCUAUUCAGAGCACUUUGUGGAGUUUGUGAAGUGUGUCCGUGCCCUGUUCCCACAUCACACCAUUAUGGCAGGCAAUGUAGUGACAGGAGAGAUGGUAGAAGAACUUAUUCUUUCCGGAGCAGAUAUUAUUAAAGUGGGUAUUGGACCAGGUUCUGUAUGUACCACUCGGAUUAAGACAGGAGUGGGCUAUCCACAGCUAAGUGCUGUUAUUGAGUGUGCAGACUCAGCACAUGGCUUGAAAGGACAUAUCAUCUCUGACGGAGGAUGCAGCUGCCCAGGAGAUGUCGCCAAAGCGUUUGGAGCCGGUGCUGACUUUGUCAUGCUUGGAGGAAUGUUUGCAGGCCAUGACCAGUGUGCUGGAGAGAUUAUGGAAAGGAAUGGCAAGAAGGUGAAACUAUUCUAUGGAAUGAGCUCUGAUACAGCCAUGAAGAAGCAUGCAGGAGGGGUUGCUGAAUACAGGGCUUCGGAGGGCAGAACUGUGGAGGUACCAUACAGAGGGGAUGUGGAAAACACCAUCCUGGACAUCCUCGGGGGGCUGCGCUCCACCUGCACCUACGUGGGAGCUGCCAAACUCAAGGAACUGAGCAGGAGAACAACGUUUAUCCGGGUCACCCAGCAGCACAGCCAGGUCUUCUCUUAGCCUCGGACUACAGGGCUGGAGAGAGGGGUGAGGGAAAGGAGCAGGAAGGGCUGCUGUUUUCCUUUGCUUUCUCCUCCAUGUUGUGUUAGUGGCAAACUUUCCUCUCUCUCAGAAUGACAGUCAUAGCCAUUGAAGAGGCUAUGGCUGGGAUUUGGAAGGGGAAGGGCAUGCUAUUAACACAGUGCCAUUGGUUUAAAAUGCAAUAGCCUCAUCUUUUAUUGUUGUGCCUAUCUUAUUUUUUAAUCAACAUUUCUUUACCUGUUUUUUCCCCCUCUGAUAAAUAGCUGAUGAAACCUCAAUUAACAAGGAAUUGGCUUGUAAAAACGUGGCUGUUAAUGCUCACAGACAUUCACACAUUCCCUUUUUUAAGACUGACCUGUCAGCUACCACCACUUCUGGCAGUGUACCCUCUAAAAACUGCAGGCUGAGAGAGAAAAAGAUGCAAGGAAUUGCAUGGAGAAAUAAAAAAAUCACAUUCUAUUAAUCUUUGUUCUGCCCAGAGAGUGGGUGUUAGUGGCACAGCUGCCAGCCUGCAGAGUGUUAGAGGUAGAUGAGGCCUGGCUACUGGUGGCUUCUUAAUGUGAUGGUAAAAAUGCCAGAUCUCUUUUCAUUCUCAGUUCACAGGGCUAGCAUUGCUAUUCUUACUUAAAUCUCCCUAUUCAAUGGACUUGCCUCUUCAGAAAAGCUGGCACUGAAUGUAGCAAACCCGUGCUGGCCCCCUGUCCCCAUCUGUGGAGAUCAUUCAGGAGAACACUUUUCAGAGCUUGCCUGCUUUUUUGUGAGUGCAGUUACUGAAUUACCUGGGUUUCUGCUUUUACCUGCUCUCUGUGGACAGAUUUUUAAGACAUUACAACUUGGCAACUGUAACCCACCAAGGGGGGUUUUCUUGCAGCCCUCCCUGUUUCCUUGCCUGUUCACAUCCAUUUAGCAAAGAUGUACAAAUGCUGUGCUGUGCAUUGCCUGUGGCCAGGUGAAAGAGGCCAGAGAGAUCAAAUUGACUCUUGGUCAUUUGGUACCACUCCUUUGCAGUCCUUGACACCAUGGAAAGCAAAAGAGCUUUUGGCAGAACAGCCUGAUUGAUUGCAGGGCAGGCUGAAAUGGAGUUAAAGCAUUUGCUCCAAAGGCAGUAAUGAAUGUUUAAGACUCUGGGUAACACUUCAGUAAAGUGUAAUGGCCUGCUCAUUAAUUGAUAAAUCACAGUGAAAUUUCUUUGGAAAUACUUGUUGCAUCCACAUGAAUACUACAGUAUCUCGUUAUGGUAAAUGAUGUAAAAGUGAGAACCAGUGAAUUCAUAAUGCUUGGCCACUUACCUUAAACUGCUGCUGAGAUCAUAAUGUGGCUGAUGUUACUUCAGUACUUCAGAGUCUUACUUUCCCCUCCUGUAGACAUCUGUGGAAAGUGGCAGGCUUCUUUUGAAAAGCAAAAAAGUGAUCUGUAGAAAAAGGAAUAGCAAAGAGAAACUCUAGAAUUAAACUCAUACGCUGGACUUCUCAAAAAGCCAUGCACAAGGACUGGUACAAUUGACCAAUUGGAGCAAAUCUAGGCCACAAGCCGAUCCCUGGUGAUUUUGAACUGUGUUCUGCACAUUAGAAAAAGCACAGCAUAUCUUCUAAAUUGCCUGGUGUUUUAAAUGUCUUCCAUUUAACAUGUAGGACAUACUUCUUAGUUGUGGGAUGACCCCUUCCUCUGCUUUGGAGGUGAAUAAGGGCCUUGAUGUGAGCACGGGUUAUGCUUGUGCUGGCUUUAAGGACUGUUUGUCCUGCUCACGUAUCAUAAAGAAAUGUGAAUGCAGAAGAGAAGCAGGCCUUAUGAAUACAGGCCCUGAUCUCUCUUCCCUCCAGCCUGGAAACAUCAUGUUAAGAAGAUGCCAGGCCUCUUUACCAUAAACGCCGCCAUGAGCCACAUACUGCUCUUACCUGCACUAAGCCCAGAGUACAGGCAGUAUGACCUCUCUGCAUCAGUACAGCUGUAAGACAUCACUCUUCCUUUAUUGAUGUGAUGUAAAGGGUAGAGGGUACAACAGACAGCAGACACCUCCUUCAGGAGUGGGGUUAGACCAUCACGGUGCAGGCCUGACCACAGGUGGGUCUCCACACUCGUGCCUUCAUAUGUGGGAAGUGCAGCAUUCUGCUGGUAUCAUGCCCACUCUCACUAGCGCUUUUCUACUUUUUUUAGCUACAUUUCUAAGUGGAUUUAAGAAAUACAUAUGCAUAUAAAUAUAUAUAUAUAUUUGUAAACAUUUUUUUAAAAGAUCAUAUGCACGCCAAACUGAGCAGGUUCAUGACAUGUCUUCAGAACAGUUUCUUUUCCAAAGGGCAGGUGCUGGGGGCAAGGGGAGGCUGCCUCUCCAUGGGUGUGGUAGAUGUGGAACCCCUGCCCUGGGGCCACUCUUACACCUGCUUUCCUUCCCUUCCUGCACAUACCUCUGAUCAGUGACUAAUACGAAAGGAGAGGGAUAGGCUAAUUUUAUGUUGUCCCCCAAAUUCUUCAGGCUGUGAACAACAUUGAUGCCACGAAUAGUGACUGAUAAAAGUUUUGACUUGGAGUAUUUGGUUUUCUGAAUAGCAGCUCUUUCCAUCCUUUUGAUAAGCAGCACAUUUUCUUUCAUUUUCUCCUCUCUCCACAGUGAGCAGGAGAGAGAAAUGGGCUGCAGAAUGGUGGCAUGUCUGCAUCUUGCCCACUUUUAUGAGUUUUGUUCAGGGAUAACCCUCGACUACGUCAGCGCUCACCAUUGACUCUGUACAUGUCCAGCUCUCAGGCUGGAAAAUGGGAAAAAAAAAAAUAAAAAUGUGUCCUCCUUUAACACUCAGUUCUGUGCUGCAGUAGUUGCCCUUAUCUUUACUUAGACCUAGGUCCUAUACCCUGCUCAAGCCCACUGCCACUCCCACAAGGAACUGAGGCAGAGGGAACUGGGGGCACACUAUGCCUGGCAGGAUGGUCCGAGCCAAGACCACAGUCACUGACAAAUGCCCUGUGCCAUUUGUGGAUCUACCUCACCUGCCCAUCUAACCGGGUUCUUUGUUACUUGGUGUCCUUCUGUGGGAAAUGGAAUUUGUAAGCGCUUAAUAAUGCUUAAUGUUGAGUGAUUCUGCAUAACCAGAUCCUCUCUAACCCUACCACCCCAACCCCAUCCUGUCUAGAGGAAUGCUGUGAGUGUGAUAGCCUGUGCUGUAGGCCAAGGUCAUACCUGCUUCCCCCAGCCAGGCAAUGGUUGAGCACCCAAGAGCAGUGUUGAGGUAUGGCCCACUGGCUCCACAAUGAUUUAGUUUAACACACCAAAGACCUACAAGCAGGGAUGCUGAAAAGGGCAACAUUGCAUCAUUAAAGCAAUGCCUGCUGAGUAUGUCCAUCUCUGGCGUCUUGAAAUAUAAAGAGACCUAUAACAGCUCUGCUGCUCCCAGUCCUACUCUGGAGCUGCCUUGCUGCAGAAUCUUUCGCAGGGUGGGCUCCUGCGAACACAACCUGGCCACAACUGUCCAUGGGGAGGAAGGGCUUGGGAGGAAGGGCUUGGCACAGCAGCAGCCUUGCUCACACCUGAGUGACUGUGUAAUGGCUGUGAGGAGUGCACAUGUAGCCCUCCUUGUAGGUGUGGGGCCAGCUGUUAGAGAAGUGGGCCUUGAGCCAGCAUCCUGACAGGUGCAAAACAAGCCACACAGGUCUCCAUUCUAUGAAAGAAACACAUGCCCAUCUGCUCAUUGGAACAGCCAGCCCCCAUCGACCAUGAGACAGGGGCUUUGAUUGUGGCUUGGUGCAGCUUUUUUCUCCCUUAGGGCAUGGUGGGGUUUGAAUGUAGGAUGGGAACACCUUGUAAAUAUGGAGUGUCAUAAGCAGGGUCACAAGAUGCCUCUGUUUGCAUUUGAGGGAGCUUUUCUCAUACAAAAUGUGCCUGUAUCUUUCUUUCAGCUAGUCAGUACUGGGGCUAGAAAGAAUGGGGAUAAGGAAGAAACAGCAGCUAUUAGCCAAGCCCCACUGUGUCAGGGCAGGGGCUGGCGGUUCUCUGUCAAGGACACAAUGAGAGUUUGAAACCUUUUCUGAACGAAGCACUCCUACUUUAUACCUAUUGAACUCCACUCACUUGACAGACUUGCUGCUACAGCUUGCUGCCACAGCUUGCUGCCAGUGUAUGUACAGUGUCUAUCCAUCACCUAGGGGAUGGUGCUGUUUAGUUGCUAAUACCAGUUUUAUACCAGAAAUUCUUUGUUGGAGGCAGGAGCGCUUUUGCAAACAGUGCCAGAUUUGGUCUUGUGAUGAAGAGAGGGAAGGGGGCAAAAAGUAAAAAAAAAAAGCCAAGGCCCCAGAACAGCAGUUUGCCUUCCACAGCAGCCAGAUCCAGCAGGUGGGAGAGGGUUGGCCCUUCCCUGUGGAAUGGGAGCUGAUGAGGACAGAGGGGUCAAAGCAUGUCUCUGCUAGAUGCUGGCACAGCUCCAUACCCCUAAACCAUGGACCACCCCCCUGCAGCCUUCGCUUCACUUGUGGUCACCCAGAUGUUUAAGUGAGCCCUCCCCAGCAUUUCUUUGACACUGGUUGAAGUUUUCAUAAAUAAAUAAGUAAAUCAGAGUCCAAAAGUCCUUGGCGUUGCCUGCGAUAACUGUGAAAUGCUUCUGUAUAAUCUCCCAAAAAGAGCUGAUGAGCAUUCAGUGUUCCCCUGCCCUGCUUGGCCCUGCUGGGAUGGCAGGGAGAGCACUGCCUCCCACCCCUCUGCUGCGACACCCAGGCAUGCACUGCGCAAUCAUUCAAACCGUUCAGAAGUUGUAAAUGGAAAGUUUUUGUUAUGCAAUAAAGAGCUUCACUCU